AUAACAUAACCUAAACUUCUAAUUAAUCAAUCAUUUUUCCAUAGCAGUUUGAGCCAGAGUAUUUUGUUUUGCAUUCACAAUGUCGAUGAAUUUAGUGCCGAAAAAGCACAAAAAACACCGCCUUGAGAGACGUGAGCGUCAUGAAAGUUCUGGAGAAAAACCUUCUGGACUCAAAUUGAUACUGAAGGUUGGCAGUCAAGGAACUCCUGAACACAACUCUGAAUUUGGAAAUACAAGCGGUUAUGCUGUACCAGAAUUGGAAAGUAUGGAUUCCAACGAUCCAUACUAUGCAAUGGGAAAAAGUCAUCAUAAAAAAAGCAAGAAAAAAAAGAAAAAGAAGGAUAAAUGCAAGGACCGAGAGAAGAAGCAUAAACAUAAGGAUAAAAAACGGAAGAGAGAAGAAAGUGAAACAGAAAAUACAGAAGUUAUUUUGUCUCCAUAUCCUGUAUUAGGAAGCCCUUCACAACAUAGAGAGCCAAGAAGUUGUGUACUCAAAAAAAUCCAAGAAAAAACACCACUUCAGAAAAUGUUGGAUCAUCUAUUAGGUUUGCUGGAAAAGAAAGAUCCCCAACAGUUUUUUGCUUGGCCUGUUACAGAGAAUAUUGCGCCUGGAUAUUCUAGCAUUAUUUCACAGCCUAUGGACUUCAGUACAAUACGUCAAAAAAUUGAAGACAAUUUGUACAAUAUCUUCCAGGAUUUUGUAGAAGAUUUCAAACUCAUGUGCGAAAAUGCAAUGAAAUAUAACAGCAUAGAUACAAUAUAUUACAAAACAAGCAAAAAGUUGCUGCAAUCUGGCAUGAAAUUGUUGCAACCUGAAAAAUUAGGAUGGUUAUUCAAUCUGAUACCUGAAUUAACAAGUGAUCAUGUUGGUUUUGAAAUCACUCCAGAACUAAGACUUAACAAGCAUAGAGAUGACAAUGAUGAUGAUCAUGUCCUUGAAAGUAAACGUAAAAUGCCUGUCACAAAGUUUGAAGCCAUUCCAGAUGAACUAACACCAGAAGAAAUUUUAGUAAGAUCUCAGAAUGCCGCUAGAGAAGCAAGGAGAAAACUAGUUCUCAAAAAAGGAGGAGUUCCAAUGGGUUUCCUCAAACAACGUAGAGAUGGCACAACAAAUCUAAAUAUUCUUGUCGGUGGUGACGGUGUGAUACCAGGAACCAAAAAGAGGCCAGUACUUUUAGGACAACUUACUGGUAAAUUAUCUGAGGGAACAGGACAAUUGGCAGGUUUUAGAGAAGAUAGGAGGAAUUUUGUGAAGACUGUUAAACCUCUAUAUUAUGGUGCAUUUGGUUCUUAUGCACCUAGUUAUGAUUCAGCAUUUUCUAAUUUAACAAAGGAGGAAAGUGAUUUGGUUUUUCAAACUUAUGGUUCUGAUUCUUCUCAACAAUAUGCAGAAAGUAUAAUGGAUUUUGUUAAAGAUUCAGAUUAUGGCACUCGUUUGGUUGAUAGUCUAUUGGAUUUACUCACAGGUGGGGAUCAUAGUAAGACUAAAAAAACUCUGGAAGGAAAUAGAAAUCUCCGAGAAGAAGAAGAAGCUGUUAAAACUGUUCUUGAAGUGAAACCUAUAGAUUCGGUGAAGGUAGAUAUGGAUGAAUUGAAGAGCUUGCAAAGUUUGGGCAUUGACAUGAGUUUUCUUGAUAAUAUGGAAGAAGAGGUAAAAGUGGCAGAGGAACGAUACGAGCUUCAACAGCGAUUGAAUUCAAUGUGUGAACUAUUAGAAAAAUUGCAGAACGUUCAACACCAGAGACUUUCGGCACCUUUGCCUCCCCAUUUGAACCAGUGUCCACCACCUAGCGAAGAAGAAGUCAAGAUAGCAGAGACUAUCACUAAUAAUUUAACAGAUAUUGCAAAAAGGGUUAAUCCUGGUGAUCUAGUACCUGUGGUUGGUGUGAGGAAAGCCCUUGGAGUUGCCGUAUCAGAUGUGGAAGUGCCUAAUGAUGUUCCUGAUUUAGAACUCGAAUUACGCCAGUUCUUAGAAUGUGAGUCUUCUCAUCUAAGUCAUAGUCCUUUGAGAGAUGAUAAAACAAUUGAAGAAAUGCUAUUAGAAUAGUAAAAUGAUAUAUUAAGGGAAAUUUAGAGGCUCAUUUAAAUUUUGUAUUAAUUUAUGAUGAUUUCCAGUUUUAAUUGAAAGUUUUUUUAUUCCAAUAGAAAUUUAAGCGAUAUAGUAGUUUUUUGACAAUUUUGCAUAUACUUCAACAGAAAGAAUACACAAUGUUUUAUGAAAUCAAAUUUGGGAAUUAUCAUCAUUUUCAAGGAUUAUAGAAUUUUAAAAUACUAA